AUCAGAGAGAGAAACCCAGAUCGGAAAACUACUCUAAUUUCAUCACCCUCUGUGUUUUGUUUUUAUAUUAAACAUUAGUUAGCUUAGGUUUUCAACACUGACAUUAAUGGCAUUGAAAAGCCAAGUUCGGCGUCUCUUCUUCUUGUUGUUGUUAUUGCUGGGCCAGUACGCCGUUUCUGCUUCCUCCGGUGCUGCUUAUCACGACAGCGGUGUUCCCAAAGAGCAAGAGGACGAUCGAAUGUCCGCCCUCCCCGGACAGCCGGCGGUCCCUUUUUCUCAGUUCUCCGGCUACGUCACCGUCAACGACGAGCAUGGCCGAGCACUGUUCUACUGGUUAACGGAGGCUUACACUUCCCCUCACACCAAGCCUCUCGUUCUCUGGCUCAAUGGAGGGCCGGGUUGCUCAUCAGUAGCAUAUGGAGCAUCAGAGGAAAUUGGGCCAUUCCGGAUAAAUAAAACUGGUACUUCGUUGUAUCUUAACAAGUAUUCAUGGAACAGAGAAGCAAAUAUUCUCUUUCUUGAAUCGCCUGCUGGUGUAGGUUUCUCCUACACAAAUACAAGCUCUGACCUCAAAACUACUGGGGACGAAAGGACAGCUCAGGAUGCUCUAAUAUUUCUAAUCAGAUGGAUGUCAAGAUUCCCUCAAUAUAAGUACAGAGACUUUUACAUCUCUGGAGAGAGUUAUGCAGGGCACUACGUUCCCCAGUUGGCUCAAAAAAUUUACCAUUAUAAUAAAGCCAAUCCCCAGAUCAUUAAUCUCAAGGGUUUCAUUGUGGGAAAUGCUGUGACGGAUAACUACUAUGAUGGAAUUGGAACUGUGACAUAUUGGUGGAGCCAUUGUAUGAUAUCUGAUAAAUCAUACAAAACUCUCCUCAAACACUGCAAUUUCACGGCAGAGGAAACAUCUAAAAUAUGUGAUGAUGCUGUGCGUUAUGCAAUUAACCAUGAAUUUGGACGCAUUGAUCAGUACAAUAUUUAUACCCCAACAUGCAGGAGUAACAGUACUGUACAGUACAUGAGGCUCAGAGUACAAUACUACAUAGGAUCUCAGGGUAUGACCCAUGCACUGAAAAUUAUGCAGAGAAAUACUAUAAUCUUCCUGAAGUGCAAAAAGCAAUGCAUGCUAAUGUUACAGGCAUUCCUUACAAAUGGACUGCAUGCAGUGAUGUGCUCUUAAAAUACUGGAAGGACUCUGCAGUUUCUGUAUUGCCCAUUUACAAAGAGUUAAUUGCAGCUGGUUUGAGAAUUUGGGU